CGGUGCGCAGCGGGCGGCCAUGUUGGAGCAGCGGAGGCGGCGCAGAGGCGCGUCCUGUGUCCCCGCGGCGGCGCCGGUGCCAAGAACUUAUUUGCGGAUACCCAAGCAGAUCUGCAGUGCCUAAUGCCAUGAGCGUGGUGGUGCAGCAUGUGGAGGAGAAAGCUGUGCACUCCUGGUCGCGGAUCUCCACAGCAGGGAAGAAGGCGCUGGAGGAGGCGCUGCUUGUCUUUAACCCCAUGAGCCAGGAUCUCAGUGCCACAGAGGCUCAGCUUGUGGCCUUCCUGCAAGGCCUGCGAGAUGAUGGCUUCCAACCUACCAUCCUGCGCAGUGGUGAUGUCUAUGGCUAUAGUUCAUGCACAGCUAGUCCUCCAAGCCAGACAAAGCUGCAGGCUCGUGCCCCUACUGCAGCUGCCACAUCACCUCCAGCCAGUGCUCCCCAAACUGCCAUGCAACUGCCUGCAGGCCAGGCCACACUGCUCCCCAUGCCACUGUCUGGCAGGCUGGCCAAAGCGUCCACACCAGCCCUUGCCAAACAUGCUACUGCCAACCUGCUACUGAGCUCCCUGAAACAGUCAAGUGCCAGCCGUGCCCGGGGUGCGGCAGUGGGCUUUCCCACCCACCUCUAUCCAGGUGUCUACCCUGCCAUGCGGCUCUCCGUUGUCCUUGAGGCCCUGGUUCCACUCAAGACUCCCGUGCCCUGCUUGAGUGCCAAGCACAAGGCACAGUCACUGCAGCUCUCACUUGCAGACUCUCCCCUGAAGCUGAAGAAAGGUCCAGGGAAGAGGCUGGGGAAUUCCCAGCCCAAAGCUCCCAGAAAAGCCACAAACAAGGGCCCCAAGUGUCUGACUCAAAGAGGCCCCAGGGCUGGACCCAGACAAGGCACUGGGCCCCAAAGCAAGACCUACAAAGCCACCACGUCCCUCAGUGGCCAGCAAAUGAAAGGUGGCUCUGCCCUGGGCAUCAAAACGGCCCAGGCCAAAGCUGCCCGUGCCCAGUCCAAGGUGGCUCGAACACAGGCCAAAGCUGCCAAGGCCCAGGAAAAGGCCAAGGCAGCACGGAUCAAGGCCAAGGCCAAAGCCAAGGCAGCACGGAUCAAGGCCAAGGCCAAAGCCAAGGCAGCACGGAUCAAAGCCAAAGCCAAGGCAGUGCGGGCCAAGGCCAAAGCCAAGGCAGUGCGGGCCAGGUCCAAAGCCAAGGCAGUGCGGGCCAGGGCCAAAGCCAAGGCAGUGCGGGCCAGGGCCAAGGUGGCUCGGACCCAGCCCAGGGGCAGAGGCAGGCCAAAAGGAUCUGUUCAGGCCAGGACUGCAAGGAGGGGCCGGAAGAGCUGCCCUGAGUCUGUGGGGCAGAAGAGGAAAAGGGCUGAGGAGGCAAAGGAUCUUCCUCCCCGAAAGAGAACACGGCUUGGGCCCCGAUCCCCUAAGGUGUGGCGAGGACCUGGAACAGCAAAGCUACUGAAACUCCAGGCCAUCAAGGUAGACAGGCAUUCUUCAGAUGAUGAGGUGCGUCAGCAGGCUCAACGGAUCCUCUGUGUGAACCUUUCCCCUGUAAUACGGCUCCAACCAUUGCUGCCAUACUCAGCAUCCUUCAUAUAGCUUGUUUGUGGAAACUGAGCCCAACUAUCUGUGUGGCCAGUGGCACAGUGUGCAAUGCCCAUGGAUUCCAGAACUCCAAGGACUCCAGGUGCCUCUCCAGGACCCUUUCAGAGACUGGAGGAUGUGGGGUGGGGUGGGCGGGUGGGAGGGGUGGUCUCAUGGCGCAAUGCACUGUGACUUGUUAGUCUUCAAGUUGUAUGUCCACUGUUCCAUCUAUCACGUUUUAUACCUUUCCA